AUGUCCGGGAACUGGUCUUUCUCUAGCGCUUCCACACCGCCGCCGCGGAGACGACACUCGCCCUCCUCCAUGAUCGCCGCCAGUCGCGUCGAUGCGCUGUUUGAGCCUCCGGUGCGUGCCGCGUUUAUCGACGACGCAGUGCUGUGCGAUGCCGGCGAAUGCGACGUGGAGGAUGUGACGAUGAUGUCCAGAGAAACCUGGGCGAAGAAUAACAGCGGCUACUUGCACCAAUGCCGAUCCUGCCAAGACACGCGUCGCUUGCGCAACUCCCUCAAGCGAAUAGAAGCACAGUACGUGGCCGAAAUCGAGUCCUUGCGGCUGCAGCUCCAGGAAGCGGUGGCGCAGCGCACCGCAGCUGUAAGGGAGCGAAACGAGCUGCUGACCUCCACUGACAUGUCGGUGGCACGCAUUCUACAGAUGGAGCAAGACACCCAGUCCCUCCGGAUGGAGUUGGUGCAAGUGUCGCAGGAGAAAGAGCAACUGCGGCGGCGUGUGCAGGAGCUAGGGAAGCAGAGUGUCGCUGCCAGCGAAAGACACGCACAACUUGCACGCGUCGUCGUUGAGGACGCGGAGGCGGCGGGGCGCGACCACGUUGAGUCAGCGGAGAAGGGCGAGGCUCUGUUGUUCGUCCAGCUGCGCGCGGCCGAGUGGGCGCGAGUUGCGGAAAUCGCACAUCGCAUGCCAGAUGAAACCCGAGGCCAUGGCGCCGUGGCUGCUGCUGGCGGGGCUGUUGGUGCUAGAUGCGUUAGCCCCCGCGGAAGCGUCUCUGGCGGCUUUUCUCCAGAGAGCGUGUCUGCGGUGUCGUCCGAGGAGACUCCACACCGGCGCACGUGUUCGCCGCGUCCUUCGCAGCGGCGAUCACUGACGGUGCCGGUGGACACGCAUUGUCUUUCACUCUGUGCCUACUCCUCACCAGGACGCAGCGGAGGAGAGAACGCUGCUGCCACCUCUCGCCGUCCUCGCGGGUCUGCCACAGCGGUGGCGGGAGCAACAGCAGCCGCGGGCGACGAUUCAGCGCGUAAGCGCAUCCAGCAACUGGAGUCUGACCUCGAGCGUCAGCAGAGAUUUCAUGAGAUGCAGCUGGCGGAGGAGCGCGCCUUGACGACUGAAAUGCAGGCAGAGAUGGACGACCUAAUCGAGAAUGAGCUCGUGCUGUUGGAGGCAAACGGUCGUGUAGCGCUGGAGAGGGAUUGGGCAGAGGCCGCCAUCGACGUUGUGCGGUGCCUUCUUGAGCGCCUCGGCGCGGCGCUCUGCUCAGGGCUAGUGACGUUUGCGGAGGCUUUCAAGGUGGACACCACACUACCGAGGGCCACAUCUCUGACCUGCCCCGGAGCCAGCGACGGUGGAUCAUGCGCAGCUCCCGUGUCACCGACGACAAAGCAGACGUCGCGGAGGCCUGGAAGGCUUGGGGGCGAACCCAUUGAAUGCGAAGAGCUGAUGGCGGGUGCGCUCAGCGCUAUGGAUGAAGCGAAGCGAGGCGUGCACGACCUUCGCGACGAUAUCGCUCGCUGCCACGCCGCUGUUGGGAACACCGGCACUCAGCAAGAGAGGAUGGAGGCUCUUCUUUGCCGAGUACUGGCGGAGGUGGCGGGCCAACGGCGCAAGGCAGACGAAGCGCACACGAUGUUGCGUCGUUUUGCGCGCAUCUCCACCCACAAUGACAACGCACUGUUUCGCGCGGUGAGGCGUGUGGAGGAAACCUUGAAGACACCCACGCCCGCCGCUGCUCUUGUCCAGGAUGGAGAGGCUGGUAGGGAGACAAGUGGUGCGAACCGCACUGCUGUCGUGGACCCUUCGCCGCCGCUACGCACAGAGGUACUGCCACGCAGGACGGCCAUGGAUGUCGCUCGGUCCACCACAACCACGGGCCACUCCGCGGCGGACGUCUCGCAUGACCUGAGGCAGCUACCGUCACGCUCGCGCUUUGUUGCAGCGGACGACGAUCUUUUUGAUCCGAGUCACGUUCAGGUAGACUCUAACGUGGCGGCGCAGAAGAUGGCGGCACUUCUCCUCGAAGACCCGCUCAGCGACCCCUCCGAUGGGGACGUUCCGCAGACGCCGUAUGACGACUUUUAG